AACUCAUAAAUAACUCUUGAGCCUAUACCUCAUCAACAUUUUCAUUCCUUCAACCCUAACCCUAAUAAAACGACACGCGAGGGAAGCACCGAUCAAGUGACAAGUGAUCGAUACGAUACGGAGAGAUUCAUCAAUCGAGCAGAGAUAUGAAGUUUGUGAUGGAGUUUGCGGAGAAUUUGAUACUGAGAAUGAUGGAGGAUCCGCAUGAGAGGGAUCGGAAGGCGAGGGAGCAGAUUUAUGACAGGAAAGAGCGGUGCAAGAAGACAAAGGAGAUGUGGAGUUACCCUCUCCGCCCCUAUGGUUUCUGGACCUUCGAUCGCUUUAACGCUCAGAUCCAUUAUGAUGCCCAGAUCAGCCAAGCUCCGGGUCGCCGCGAUCCCUACGACGACCUGCUCAUCCAAAGCCAGCCCCCGAAGACUCGCGCCUCCAAAUGAUUCAUCGAUGCCCGUUUGAGUGUUCUGUGCUUUAAAGAGGUUCAUGGAUGGCAGAGGAUGCAGAUUUCUCUGAUUUAAAUUGUAAUAUUGCCGCUAGACACUGAUGAAUGAUUUUAUGUUGUGGAUUUUCUCGUCUGUGUAACUGAGUUCCCCCUUCACAGUAAUAAUAAUACCUUGAAACUGAAUUUCUUUGUC